CUACAUUACGGAUCGUAGUAAAUAAAUGCGCGUUGACGUUGCGCAUGAAUACACCUGUAGCUGCCGGCAUCGCGCUUGAACCAACUACAACAAACUCUUCAGUACAGAAUCAUUGUUCAUGCAGUGAGCUGGGGGCAAAAUUUAUAAACAAAACAAGGUUUAGUAGUAGUGAUUAUUACAGUUCAUAAUUUUGUGAAGCUUUUUAAUACAAUAUAAAAAUGCCUGAAACUACUGUGGCCCCAGUAAAUCAAACCGAAGACAAAACGACCCCUGAAACUGAAGCUCAGUCCGAUAAUUCUACAGAGGCUGCCGGUGACAUGAACAAUGUGGAAAAAACAAAUGAAAAUGACAAGAACACUGAGAAAUCGACUGAGGUUAAAGAAGAUCCACCAAAAGAAAUGAGAGCGGUUGUCUUGACAGGUUUUAUUGGCUCCAAAACACUGAAGGUUCUUAAGAAGCCAGAACCUACUGUAAACGCCGGGGAAGUCUUAAUACGGGUCAAAGCAUGCGAUUUAAAUUAUCGAGCUCUCCACUUGCGUCAACGCGCUGGUAAGAGUCCACCCAUCUCUUCCUUCAUCAUGGGAUUCGAGUGCGCUGGUGAAAUCGUUCAAGUUGGAGAAGGCGUUGAAGAUUUGAAGGUCGGCGACAAUGUGUUGGCUUUACCGGAGUUCCGAGCAUGGGCCGAAUUGGUUUCCGUGCCUCGCAAUCUGGUCUAUCGUCUUCCGGAAGGUAUGACACACGUGCAGGCUGUUUCCGUAGCGAUGAACUUUUUAGUAGCGCAUUGUGUCGUCCAUGAAAUGGCCCGCAUUGCUCCUGGACAAAGCGUGCUUUUACAUAGCGCCGGAGGGGCAGUGGGACAAGCUGUUGCUCAGUUAUGCAAAAGUAUAGGAGAUGUUACAAUUUAUGGCGUAUGUUCAAAGAACAAGCACGAAGCUUUAAAAGAAGGAGGUCUUAUUGACCACUUAUUGGACAGAUCUGGAGAUUAUCCAGGAGAAGUGCGCAAGCUCUCCCCUGAGGGCGUUGAUAUUGUCCUAGACUCCCUCUGCGGCGAAGAAUGCAAUCGUGGAUAUGCGCUUCUCAAACCAUUGGGAAAAUAUGUUCUUUUCGGUGCUUCCUAUGCCGUCCAAAGCAUCUUCAACGCUGUUAAAUCUUGGUGGCAUGUCGACAAGGUAUCACCCACCAAACUUUUUGAAGAGAACAAAAGUCUUAUCGGUUUCAAUCUUCAUCACCUUAUGUUCCAACAAGGUGGUACUGCAUUCGUAAGCAAAGCUAUGGAAAAAGUAUUCAAGUUAUGGCAAGAGGGCCAAAUUAAACCAGUCGUAGAUUCAACUUGGGCUUUGGAAGAUAUUGGUGAGGCUAUGCAAAAAAUGUAUGAACGCAAAAACGUAGGAAAAAUUGUUAUUGAUUUAUCAAUGGAACCCAAACCAAAACCAGCUACACCUGUUAAAACAAAGGGAAAAGAUAAGGUUAAACAAGCAUUGAGUGAAGACAAAAAAGAUGAUGUUAAAGCAGAAGGCGAAAAGGCUGAUAAAGAUAAAAAUGAAGUAGCUGAAAAUGGUGUUGCAAAUGCUGAAGAGAAAGAAUCUCAAAAACCAGUAGUGAACGGCGGUGGCGAAGGCGAUGGAGAGGCUAAAGAAGUCUCAAGUUGAACUGUUUAAAUUCCAUGUCACUGCAAAAUUUCUCCAAAUCAUAUUGUAUAAGAAGUUUUUUUAAAUGAUCUCUAUUUUAAACUAUUUUAUAUGUAUUUUUGCUUUACUUUUAUUUUUAGUCAUAAUGUUUAUA